CGGCAGACGUUUUUCCCACCCCUGACGCCCCAGCGGACCGAAGCAGCCUAGUGCCAGACCAGGGCAGGGCCACGCAGGGAAGUGGGAGUGUUGAAGGCGGGCGCUAGGACCCGCCGGAGCGCCUCGGACGUCACCGAGAGGCGCCGCGGGUUGAGCGGGAGGCGCGAGCGGUGCGAUCGGUGUCUCCCGGUGCCGGGGCCCGGGCCGGAAUAGGAACGAGACUGGAGCAGGUAGCCGGAAGGAUGACCACACUCACACGACAGGACCUCAACUUUGGCCAAGUGGUGGCGGACGUGCUCUGCGAGUUCCUGGAGGUGGCUGUGCACCUAAUCCUCUAUGUGCGCGAGGUCUACCCAGUGGGCAUUUUCCAGAAGCGCAAGAAGUACAACGUGCCCGUCCAGAUGUCCUGCCAUCCGGAACUGAAUCAGUAUAUCCAGGACACACUGCACUGCGUCAAGCCACUCCUGGAGAAGAAUGAUGUGGACAAAGUGGUGGUGGUAAUUUUGGAUAAAGAGCACCGCCCAGUGGAGAAAUUCGUCUUUGAGAUCACCCAGCCUCCACUGCUGUCUAUCAGCUCAGACUCCCUGCUGUCUCACGUGGAGCAGCUGCUCCGAGCCUUCAUCCUGAAGAUCAGCGUGUGUGAUGCCGUCCUGGACCACAACCCCCCAGGCUGUACUUUCACAGUCCUGGUGCACACAAGAGAAGCUGCCACUCGCAACAUGGAGAAGAUCCAGGUCAUCAAGGACUUCCCCUGGAUCCUGGCAGAUGAGCAGGAUGUCCACAUGCAUGACCCCCGGCUGAUACCCCUAAAAACCAUGACAUCAGACAUUUUAAAGAUGCAACUCUAUGUGGAAGAGCGAGCUCAUAAAAGCAGCUGAGGGUGCACCUGCUAUCCUACUGAUGCUGGAACUGUCAGACUCUGGGGGGGCCCCUAGCCUAAGGCAGUGCUGCAGGGCCACCCUUAUUCCAAGUGCUCUUAUUGCUUUUAUGUAUGGACCACCCACCCUCCAGCCCCAGGCUGCUCAGGUCUGGUUGCAUUCAUGGAAGCCUUCCCCAGGGCCAUGAUGGAUGCUGGGACCUGACUUCUCAGCCCCUGGGGUUCAACUGGCCAACACUGUCUGUCUCAAAUACUGUGCUGUGAGUUGUUUCAAUAAAGGGGCCCCAAGGGCUAGGUUGA